UUAUCAUAAAUCCCGACAAUCUUCCGUUCCUUGCGCCCCGAAUGCGGUUAGUGUGCUUGCUGCUCUUGCUCAGGCGCUAAUCACCCUCGGCUCAGUCGACGCGAAACAGACGCGUCCCGUCGUGUUGCAAAGUGCAUGCAUCUCCAUACCCCUCCACAACCACAUACUUUGGCAGAUUUACGCUUUCUACUGCCAUAUCUCAAUAAACAAUCUUCAAUCCUUUCCCCGACAAACCGUUCUUCUGGGGAGGCUCUAUGGGUGAAUUCGUACCAAUGGCGUCUCCGGCAUUACACGAGGAGCAUCAAUACCUCGAUCUUAUCCGCGAGAUUCUGGACAUUGGUGAGAAACGACCAGAUCGAACAGGGACCGGGACUCUGUCUAUCUUCGCACCGCGGCCACUCAAAUUCAAGCUCAACGACAAUGGGCGACCGAUCCUCCCUCUUCUUACAACAAAACGUGUUUUCACGCGCGCCAUUAUCGCCGAGCUACUCUGGUUCGUUCAGGGCAACACAUCAUCCCUCGCACUGAGUGAAGCUGGAGUGAAGAUAUGGGAUGGCAAUGGAUCGCGCGAAUUCCUAGACAGCAGAGGCUUAACACACCGUGAAAUUGGUGAUCUGGGUCCAGUGUAUGGCUUUCAAUGGCGACAUUUCGGCGCCGACUACAAAGAUUCAUCAACGGACUAUACUGGUCAAGGUGUGGACCAACUGGCAGACAUUAUACACAAGCUUCGAACGGAUCCUUACGAUCGCCGAAUGAUUCUUUCCGCUUGGAACCCCAAAGACUUGUCCAUCAUGGCGCUGCCACCUUGCCAUAUGUUUGCCCAGUUUUACGUCUCCUUUCCAGGACAGGCGCAAGAGGGGAAUAGCGAACAUAAACCGAAAGGGCAUCUCCAUUGCCAAUUGUAUCAGCGAUCCUGCGAUAUGGGGCUUGGCGUACCAUUCAACAUCGCCAGCUAUGCUCUCCUCUGCCAUAUGCUCGCUCAUGUUUGUGACCUGGUCCCUGGAAGUCUUACGCAUGUUAUGGGAGAUGCACAUGUCUAUCUCGAUCAUAUUGAUGCUCUGCGUGUACAAUUGGAGCGUGAGCCGCGGACAUUUCCAGAACUGGAAAUCAAGCGAGAUAAAGGUGGAAGCAUUGACGGCUGGAAGUUAGAGGAUUUUGAGAUCAAGGGAUAUGAACCUCACAAGUCGAUUGCCAUGAAAAUGUCCGUCUAGCGAAUAGUGCAUUGGGAUACGAAUCUGGCGCGGCUUGUGGGCUAGACACGAUGAAUGCUUGGUGUUUGGAGGCGCGACGACCAUAAUGAUUUAAUCGAUUUACACAUCACAACUGAUUUACACAUCACAACUUGCCAG